AUGCAUCAGCCCAUUCCGAUUCCUGCUUUCCCCGCGAUCGCAUCGAUCGCAGGGAGAGAAAAUCAAUUCGUUAAGUGGACCGAACACCACCAACUGGUCAACAAAGAAAACCCCGCAGUUGUGGAUAAUCAACAUCAUCAUGGUGCCACACACACCGACCAAGAUACCCAGAAGAAUUCCUGGAAAAACUGCCCAGCCAAAUCUUCUCUUGUCACCGUUGGCACUCACAGCCUAUUCCUGUCUGUUUCGGGGCCUCCUCGCCAACAAGCGGAGCCUGUCAUACUUACAUUCACUGGAGCUGGGAACUCCACGUCAUCUUAUCCAGCGCUUGAGCGAUUGGUAUCUCCGCAUGCCCGCAUCCUACUCUAUGACCGCAGCGGUCUGGGCAACAGCGAAAGAGGCACCAGUCCCAUCAGCGCAGAAACAGCAGCGAAGGAGCUUUCGAUGGCCUUGGAAGCCGUGAAGCUAGGUCCUCCGUACAUCCUGCUAGCCCACUCGUACGGCGCCAUCAUCGUUGCGCGCGAGUUCUUGCAUCUUCACGAUGAGCAUGUUGUCGGGAUGGUUCUGGCGGAGGCUUCGACCGAGAGGCAGUAUCUAUUCUUCGAGAUUCCAGAUCGUAAUAUCUUGUCUUUGCUGGGCGAUCUCAGCUUUGCUACCGUGACAGGCCUGAGAGAUUCGUCCAAACUCUCCCGCGAGGAAUGGCGGGCCCGAGCUGAGGAAUUGUCGCUCUCAGCUGUAGCGGCGCAGGAGGAGGCUGACGGUUACGUGCCAACAAGUGAGUACCAGCGAAUAUAUGAUAGGGGUGUAGAGGCGGGAAAUGGAACCGAAGAGGAGAGAAAAGCAUUCCGAGAUCUCCUCAGCCGAUGGGAUGAUUGGGCCAAAGAGCUGGCCGAGGAGCAAACCCCAUAA